AAGCCGUUUCUUUCUCCAAAAGAACCCUCCCAACAAUUCCCCAGUAUAAAACCCCCUCCACGGCCCCUCUCCCUCCCAUUUCGCCAAAUCCCAAACCUCGCGGGAGAUGAUCGACGGCGGGGAUCGCGCUUCGCUGGAACUCGCCUCCGAUCCCGGCCGCUGAUGGGGGAUAUCUACGUCAAGAUGGUCGACGAAGGCGACUCCCCGGCCAAAUGCCGCGAGGCCCGCCGCCGCAGGAUCGAGAUGCGCCGAUUCGCCGCCGUCGCCGGCGACCCGCCCUCCAGGGCGGGGAGCCCGUCGCGGAGGGCAGAGAGGAAGCGGGAGGCGGAGCCGGAGGCGGCCUCCUCCGAUCGCGCCAACAGUGGCGGCGAGAAGCGGAGCCGUCCCGCUGGGGAUGACUCUCCGUCGCCGCCUCUCUCACUUGCUCAUCCGUCCUUGGCGACGCCCUCUUCUCCUUCUACUACUUCUUCUCCCGUCGAAGGAGAUGCAGCGCCGGCGAUCGCGUCGAGCUCCGGCCAGGCCCCGGCGGGGGAGCCUCUGCUGGCGUUUGGUUCCAUCUCGCUUUCCGGCCGGUCGCGGGAGAUGGAGGACGCCAUCUCCGUGCGGCCGGGCUUCUUCCGGCCGCCUGGCGGCGGCUCGACCCUGCACUUCUUCGCCGUCUUCGACGGCCACGGCGGCUCCCAUGUGUCCGCCCUGUGUAGGGAGCGGAUGCACGUGAUGCUGGCGGAGGAGCUCGCGGCGGCGGAAGGGGAGGAGCAGUGGAGGGCGGCGGUGGCGCGGAGCUUCGGGCGGAUGGACGAGCUGGCGCUGAUGGCGUGCGUGUGCGGCAGCGUGGGAUACCCACUGUGCCAGUGCGAGCGGUCGGGGAUCGAGUCGGACAUCGUGGGGUCCACCGCCGUGGUCGCCGUUGUCAGCCGCGACCGUCUCCUCGUCGCCAACUGCGGCGACUCGCGGGCGGUGCUCAGCCGCGGGGGCCGCGCCAUCCCGCUUUCCUCUGAUCAGAAGCCCGACCGGCCAGACGAGCUUGCAAGAAUAGAAGCAGCGGGUGGGCGUGUUAUCUACUUGAAUGGUGCUCGCGUCCACGGAAUACUUGCCAUGUCACGGGCCAUUGGAGACAGGUACUUGAAACCUGUGGUGAUAUCUGAGCCAGAGGUAUGCAUUGUGGAGAGGACUGCUGAAGAUGAGUGUCUUAUCCUCGCUAGCGAUGGUCUAUGGGAUGUCCUACCUAAUGAUCUAGCAUGCGAUGUCGCUAGACGGUGUUUGGAGGAAGCCGAUCCACGUAGGCGUACAGAACAUCCUAGUUCUGGGGCUGGUGGGAGUGCACCUGGUGUUCAAGAAGAGCAGCAAGCAUCUGAUUCACGGUGCUCUGUUGCACCUGGUGUUCAAGAAGAGCAGCAAGCAUCUGAUUCACGGUGCUCUGUCGCAGCAUUGCUGCUAGCGAGGCUUGCACUGGGAAGAAAGAGUGCUGAUAAUAUCAGCGUGAUUGUCAUUGAUCUGAGAAGAGGUUAAGGAUAAAUGAAGGUUGGAUAAUGCAUUCAAUUGCCUAUUACAACUUGAGCUGACAAAAUGGAAGAUUUAGAAGCGUAGAUGUACAAAUAAUGCUGAACAUUGAUGCAGAAAAUUAUAAAGCAUGCUCUUCUUCUUCUUCAAAGACUCGUGUGAUAAGUAUCUCUUUCACCUGUAUUCUCGCUGCAAGCAAAAAUUUCAGGCGGUAUCCCUGAUUUCUUAUGGUUGCUAUUAGGUUCCAUUUCAGAGUUUACAUUGCGCAGGGAACUUGUAAUUCACAAAGUUAUUUAGGAGUUCCUUGGUUGUUGAUUUUGCUAUGAUGAAUUUGUAUAGAAUUUAAUGUUAAACUUUCUGCAAAAAUUGACAGGUCAUGAAAGCUCAAGCUGAGUUCUAUACAAAAUAAACCUCGCCGUUUUCGUAGAA